AUGUUGUGGAAAAAAGAGUCGAAUGACAGAAAUGCGAUGUACGUUGAUUUAUUUGAAUCAUCGUUGAACGCUCAAGAGCCAGUGGAAGUGCAAUAUCUGUUGAACAAAAUGUCGAGAUUGGAGUGCAAUACUGAUGUUUCAUACUAUAAAAAUGACGUGAUCGCAAAUACAUUCCGACAAUUUGGCAAUAAAAAAUUCGAAAAAGGCCAAUUUUACGAUGCAAUGGAGUUGUACAACAAAUCGCUGUGCUUUGCAAACAACGGGUCUAAAGCACUUGGAUUGGGUUAUGCAAAUCGUUCAACGUGUUUUUUCCAAUUAAAGAUGUUUAAAAAGUGCCUCGCUGAUAUUGAACUGGCCAAGCAAAACAACUGUCCAGCGCAUCUAAUCGCAAAAUUGAAUGGUUGGAAGAACGAUUGCUUGAAAUUAAUGGAAACCGAACCAGAUCAAAGUGAAAUGGGUGAGCCAAAACUGGACUUCGCAGCCAAUGAACAGUUUCCAUGCUUAGCAAAUGUAGUGAAUAUGCAAAGCAACGAUGAAUUCGGCCAUCAUAUCGUGGCGACGGAAGACAUUGAAAUCGGAAAAACCGUUUUGAUCGAGCCAUGUUAUAUCGGUGUCACAAAAUUCGAUCAUUAUAAAUGUACAAGCGCAUUAUUCUGUUUGGACUGUAAAGAAAACAAUCUACAUGGAAUCGAAUGCGAUAUGAAUUUUGGAUGUCCGGCCGGGUUUAAAUUCAUGGAUGUGGUGCGUUCAAUUACGUUGGCGAAAAAUGCGUUUUCAAAUGCCGAUGAAUUAACGGUUUUCGUCGAAGAUAUGCUGAACAGUGACGCAAUUCAACCAUCAAAUCUUGUGGAUGAACGGUCAAAAUAUCGCGCAUUCUUCCAGUUGUGUCCUGACUGGCAAACAUACGAACUCCAUUUGCAGCAGGCAUACCUAUUUUAUCAAUUGCUUUUAGAACAAAGGGACAUGAAGGCAUUUUUUCAUACAAAAGCCCAUCAGCGAUUUUUAAUGCACCUAGUGCAACAUCAUAUUUCUAUGAUCCUGCGUGGUGCAUUCAACAAACGAAGUGCACCAAUUGGUGGCGUUAAUAUUACUGACACCUAUGUUAAUAUCGUCGCUAAAUAUCUCCAUCAUUCAUGCAUUCCAAAUGUUUGUCACGUGUUCAAAGAUGGUUCUAUCAAUUGCAUUGUCAUUCGUCCAAUCAAGAAAAACGAACAGCUAUUCAUUUCAUACAUUACAUGGGAUAUGUUUGCAUCAGAAGCAGAACGUCGGGCAAUAUUGCAGAGUAGAUAUGUAAAGUGUAAAUGCUUGCGUUGCAAGCUUAAAUCGUUGCCAUCCGAUCGUCGAAUGCAAUCGGAUGACGAUUUUCAAUUCAUUGAAAAAACAUUCAAGAUGCACACUUUACACAAAGGCCUGUAUAAUCGCAAACAAAUCGAUUCGAUGAAAGAGAAAUGCUUCCGCCUUUUGCAAACAUACGGACCAGGCCAACAAUGGACGCUCGAAUUAUUGACUGAAAAAGAAUUCUUUUGA